AUGGGCGCUGGCAUCACGGCCGUAGCUGGCGACGCUCAGUCCGGGUGCGCUGUGGGAGAGCAAGGAUCUGACGGUGCGAGAGAGACGCGCCUCACUCAAACAAGCGGUGAGCUUGAGCAAAGAGGCGUGAUGUUGACGAGGCUGUUCAGUGACCCCUCGCUGCUGCCGGACGUGCAGAAGUACUCGGGAUGGGCCAACGACAGCGAAGGCGACGAGUCCAAGAUCAAAGACGAAGACGCAGAUGCACAGGACGACCUGGACUCGGACCUGCGCAGCGGCAGCCGCACGCACUCAGAGCACGCGGGGGACGACGACGACGAUGAUGAUGAUGAUGAUGAGCCGGAGGAGGACGAGGAUGGAGAGAACGCAGAUGGGGACAGGCCCAAGAAACGUGGCCCGAAGAAGCGCAAAAUGACGCAGGCACGCAUCGAGCGCUCCAGGCUCCGAAGGGUCAAGGCCAAUGCGCGGGAACGCACACGAAUGCACGACCUCAACUCAGCGUUGGACAAUCUGCGUAAAGUAGUGCCAUGUUAUUCCAAGACGCAAAAACUGUCUAAGAUUGAGACGUUGCGUUUGGCUAAGAACUAUAUCUGGGCUUUGUCAGAGAUCCUGCGCUCUGGGAAGCGGCCGGACCUGGUGGCGUACGUGCAGACGCUGUGCAAAGGCCUCUCGCAGCCGACCACGAACCUAGUGGCCGGAUGUCUGCAGCUCAACAGCCGGAACUUCCUCACGGAGCAGCAGUGUCAGGACGGAGGCCGCUACGCCUCUGGCUCCUUCUCUGUGCACUCGUACCCGUACCAGUGCGCACGCCUGCCCAGCCCACACUGUGCACCUGCAUCCAACUCUCACCCACUGCGGACGCACGGGUACUGCUCUUAUGACUCCCUGUACGGGGCCAGCCCGGAGUACAACAGCCCCGAGUACGAGGCGCUCAGCCCCCCGCUGUGCGUCAAGCACACGGGCUCCGCGUCCCCGGAGGAGAAGCCCUAUCAUUACUCUAUGCACUACUCGGGCCUGACCGGGCCCCGGGCCACGAGCGCUCACAACCUGGUGUUCGGCUCCUCGGGGCCGCGCGCCGGGAUUCACACGGAGAACGUGGUGCCGUAUCACGACGUGCACUUACACCACGAGCGCGCGCCCGUCUACGACGAACUCAACGCCUUCUUUCACAACUAA